AUGCUGACGCCGGCCAAGAAGAAGGCGGCCACGACGCCCCGCAAGAAGAAGACGACGGCCAGUGCUGGCAAGGUGACGGCCAGCGCCAAGAAGACGACGCAGAAGAAGGCCAAGACGCCCUCCAAGAAGAAGAAGAAGGAGAAGGCGGACGCCUGGGACUCGGACGCCUCUGACGACGACGCGUCGGACAGCCCCGCGUACGACGUGGACGCUAGCGAGGACGAGAAGGACAAUGCCUUGCCAGAAGACAAGGGCACGCCCAAGCAGAGCAUCGAGCAGAUCUACCAGAAGAAGACGCAGCUGGAGCACAUUCUGCUGCGCCCUGACACGUACGUGGGCUCCAUCGAGCACGUGGAGCAGAGCAUGUGGGUGUUCGACGACGAGAAGAAGCGCAUGGUGAACCGCAAGAUUAACUACGUGCCCGGCCUGUACAAGAUCUUCGACGAGAUCAUCGUCAACGCGUGCGACAACAAGCAGCGCGACAAGUCCAUGAACACGCUCAAGGUGACGAUCGACGUCGAGCAGAACGAGAUCUCGGUCUGGAACAACGGCAAGGGCAUCCCCAUCGUGCUGCACAAGGAGCACAAGGUGUACGUGCCCGAGCUCAUCUUCGGCCACCUGCUCACGGGCAGCAACUUCGACGACAAGAAGAAGAAGACGACGGGCGGCCGCAACGGCUACGGCGCCAAGCUGGCCAACAUCUUCUCGACCGAGUUCGUGGUCGAGACGGCGGACGCCAGCACCAAGCAGCGCUACAAGCAGGUCUUCGAGAACAACAUGGGCAAGAAGAACCCGCCGUCCAUCACCAAGUGGGCGCAGAAGGACUUCACGUGCAUCUCGUUCAAGCCCGACCUUGAGCGCUUCAAGCUCGACUUCCUCAACGACGACAUCGUCGCGCUCUUCAAGAAGCGCGUGUACGACGUGGCCGGCGUCUCGGGCAAGGGGCUCAACGUGUUCCUGAACGGCGAGAAGAUCCCCAUCAAGUCCUUCCCGCAGUACGUGGCGCUGUACCCAGGCCCGCGCGGCUUCGAAGCCGAUACGGAGACCAAGGACGACGAUGACUCGCACCCUGAAGAGAAUGACGACGAUGAUGACUACUCCGAGGAGAAGGGAAAGAAGGCCAAGGCCAAGGCCAAGCCGACCAACGUCACCAAGAACGGCGUCAUCUUUGAGAAGCCCGACGAGCGCUGGCAGGUCGGCGUGGGCCAGAGCGAGGACGGAUUCCAGCAGGUCAGCUUCGUCAACGGCAUCUGCACCACCAAGGGCGGCCAGCACGUGUCUUACAUCGUGGACCAGGUCACGACCAAGCUCGUGAACGUGCUCAAGAAGAAGAACAAGGGCGAGGCCGUCAAGCCCAACUACAUCAAGAACCACAUGUUCGUGUACGUGAGCGCGCUGAUCGACAACCCGGCGUUCGACUCGCAGACCAAAGAGACGCUGACGACACGAGCCAACAGCUUCGGCUCGACCUUCAGCCUGACUGACAAGUUCCUGAAGCAGGUGGAGAAGAGCGGCCUUGUGGAGAAGAUCCUCUCGUUCGCUGCGUUCAAGCAAACGGCCGAGCUGCGGCGAAAGGGAGGUGGUGGUGGUAAACGCUCACGGCUCACGGGUAUCCCCAAGCUGGACGACGCCAACCACGCUGGUACGGCCAAGAGCAAGGACUGCACUCUAAUCCUCACAGAGGGAGAUUCCGCCAAGACGGUCGCUGUGGGCGGUCUUGCUGUGGUGGGCAGAGAUUACUACGGCGUGUUCCCGCUGCGCGGUAAAAUGCUUAACGUUCGCGAAGCCAGCCACUCGCAAAUUCUGAAGAACGAGGAGAUCCAGAACGUGGUGAAGAUCCUCGGGCUCAAGUACGGCCAGAAGUACGAGUCGACCAAGGGACUGCGCUACGGCCACCUGAUGAUCAUGGCAGAUCAGGAUCACGAUGGAAGUCACAUCAAGGGUCUGGUGAUCAACCUGAUCCACCACUUCUGGCCGUCGCUGCUGCUUGUGGACGGCUUCCUGCAGGAGUUCAUUACCCCCAUCGUCAAGUGCAGCAAGGGCCGGACCAAGGAGGUGUUCUACACGAUGCCCGAGUACGAAGCUUGGCGAGAGCGAACCAACCAAGGACGUGGCUGGGUCAUCAAGUACUAUAAGGGUCUGGGUACGAGUACAGCCGCGGAAACGAAGGAGUACUUCUCAGACCUGCGGACCCACCAAAUUGGGUUCACGUACGGAGGUGAAGGAGACGCCGAUGUGAUUGAUAUGGCGUUCUCGAAGAAGCGUGUCGAAGACCGCAAGGAAUGGCUUCGAGGCUACGAACCUGGCACUUACGUGGAUUACGACGUUGAUGAAAUGGGCUACACAGAUUUCGUGAACAAGGAGCUCAUUCUCUUCUCCAUGGCUGAUAACAUCCGUUCGAUCCCCAGCAUCGUGGAUGGAUUCAAACCCUCCCAGCGUAAAGUGCUGUUCUGCUGCUUCAAGCGUAACCUUCGGUCUGAGCUGAAGGUGGCACAACUAGCUGGUUAUGUGUCGGAGCACUCUGCAUACCACCACGGCGAGGCGAGUCUGCAGGGCUGUAUCGUGAACAUGGCUCAGGACUUCGUUGGCAGCAACAACGUGCACCUCCUGUCGCCCAUUGGUCAGUUCGGUACGCGUUUGAUGGGCGGCAAGGAUGCGGCCAGCGCUCGUUACAUUUUCACCAAUUUGGAGCAGCUCACGCGCCGGAUCUACGAUCCUCUGGACAACGACGUUCUGAAGUACCUGGACGAAGAUGGACAGUCGAUCGAGCCGGAAUGGUACAUCCCCGUUAUCCCAAUGGUGCUGGUCAACGGCAGCGACGGUAUCGGAACGGGUUGGUCUAGCUCCGUUCCCAACUACAACCCGCUCGACAUCAUCAAGGGUCUCCGUCAGAUGAUCAACGGAGAAGAGGCGUCCCCGCUCACUCCAUGGUACCGCGGCUUUACUGGUCACAUCGUUGAGAAGACGAACUCGCGCGGAACUGACACCGGCAACUACAUCGUUCAGGGUCUGUAUGAGGUCACGGACGACAGCACGCUGGUGAUCUCCGAGCUUCCUGUGAAGACUUGGACCCAGUCGUACAAGCAAUUCUUGGAAGGUCUGCUCGAAACUGGCACUAUCAAGGACUUCAAGGAGAACCACACUGAUGUCAAGGUGCUGUUCACGAUCACGUUGGAGCCGAAGACGCUGAGCGACAUCGCCAAGACACAGGGUGGAAUCGUCAAGAAGUUCAAGCUUGAGUCGUCUCUGUCUACCUCCAACAUGCACCUCUUUGAUGCGGCCGGGCACAUCAAGAAGUACGAGAACCCCAAGGAAAUCAUGGAGGAGUUCUAUGGUAUUCGUCUGGACUACUACGGGCGCCGAAAGGAGGCUAUGCUGCAGAAACUACGCGACCAGAUUAAGCUUCUGUCCAACAAGGCUCGCUUUGUUCUCUCCGUCGUUGAAGGCAAGCUGGUGGUGAACAACCGUAAGAAGCAGGAACUUCUCGAAGAGCUGAUUGCGGAAGGCUACGAUCAGAUUGCCCCCAAGACGAAGAAGAAGAGCGACAGUGAAGACUCGAACGAAUCCGAGGAAGAAGACAUUAACGUUGCGGACGCCAGUCGUGGCUACGACUACCUGCUGUCGAUGAAGAUUUGGAGUCUGACGAAGGAGCGCGUCGACAAUCUGCGUGCAGAGCUCCAGGAGCGCGAGCAGGAGUACACUGUCCUGGAAGGUAGGACGGUGCGAGACCUGUGGCUUACUGACUUGGAUGCCCUCGAGAAAAUGAUCACAGAGACGGAAGCUCAGCGCGAGAGGAUUCUGUCGCACACCCCGAAGAAGAAAACUCGCGCUGCCCCGAAGUCUGCCACCAAGAAGAGAAAGCGCAAA